GUCUUUUCGUAAGCUGACAGCGGGGCGCAGCCAGUCGGCUGGAAUUGAGUAGCAUUCAUUGAAUCUGCGGAUUUCAUGACGUCUCCCGGCGUGGUCCAUCACUUUGCUUUUUGCCGAGGAUUUUUUUCCCCCUUCACUCUUGCCUUUCCCCCUUCCUUCCACCCGUCCCCCUCCCGAGUCCCUGCACAAACGCACACCCCUCCGCCCUUCCUUCGGCCAGGAGCCCAGCCCUCCGCUCCGCUCUCUGAGAGAGGGAGCCCGUUUGCAGACGGCCGCACCUGGCCGGAGAGGCUGGGCGGGCGGAGGGGUGGGAUCAGCUGGGACCGGGAAACUGGAGCCAGAGCUGGAUGAACCGCGCAGAUACUGGAGUCUCCUGACAGCUUCCUGGGGCUGAUGUGAAAUUUUACCAUCUGUUUCUAGUUUUUCUUUUCUUUUCUUCUUCUUCUUCUUUUUUUUUUUUUUAAUUUCCUCCACUCGCCAUCUACAGUGUAGUGAAAAAUUAUUAAAUCUUGCUCCGUUCCAAGCGAGGAGAUCAUGAUUGAGUGAAACCACCCUGCCCACAACAAGGAAAAGCACAAAGAAAAAACUACAACAAUGGCCAAGUUGACAGAAUCCAUGACUAAUGUCCUAGAGGGAGACUCCAUGGAUCAGGAUGUGGAGAGUCCUGUGGCCAUUCACCAGCCAAAGUUGCCUAAGCAAGCUCGAGAUGACCUACCUAGACACAUCAGCAGAGAUCGGACCAAAAGGAAAAUCCAGAGGUAUGUGAGAAAGGACGGGAAGUGCAAUGUUCAUCACGGCAACGUGAGGGAGACUUAUCGCUACCUGACAGAUAUCUUCACCACCUUGGUGGACCUCAAGUGGAGAUUCAACCUAUUGAUUUUCGUCAUGGUUUACACAGUGACUUGGCUCUUCUUUGGAAUGAUCUGGUGGCUAAUUGCUUAUAUCCGAGGAGAUAUGGACCACAUAGAGGAUCCCGCAUGGACUCCCUGUGUUACCAACCUCAACGGGUUCGUCUCUGCUUUUUUAUUCUCAAUAGAGACAGAAACCACCAUCGGGUAUGGCUACCGAGUUAUCACAGACAAGUGCCCAGAGGGGAUUAUUCUCCUCUUAAUCCAAUCUGUGUUGGGAUCCAUUGUCAAUGCAUUCAUGGUGGGAUGUAUGUUUGUAAAAAUAUCUCAACCCAAGAAGAGGGCAGAGACCCUGGUCUUUUCCACCCAUGCAGUGAUCUCUAUGCGGGAUGGGAAACUGUGCCUGAUGUUCCGGGUAGGGGACCUGAGGAAUUCCCACAUCGUGGAGGCUUCCAUCAGAGCCAAGUUGAUCAAAUCCAAACAGACCUCGGAAGGGGAGUUCAUCCCUUUGAACCAAACAGAUAUCAACGUAGGCUAUUACACAGGGGAUGACCGUCUGUUUCUGGUGUCACCACUGAUCAUUAGCCAUGAAAUUAACCAACAGAGUCCUUUCUGGGAGAUCUCCAAAGCCCAGCUGCCCAAAGAGGAACUGGAAAUUGUGGUCAUUCUAGAAGGAAUGGUAGAAGCUACAGGGAUGACCUGCCAAGCCCGAAGCUCCUACAUCACCAGUGAGAUCCUGUGGGGUUACCGCUUCACACCUGUCCUGACCCUGGAGGACGGGUUCUACGAAGUUGACUAUAACAGCUUCCAUGAGACCUAUGAGACCAGCACCCCAUCCCUCAGUGCCAAAGAGUUGGCCGAGUUGGCCAACAGGGCAGAGCUGCCCCUAAGUUGGUCUGUAUCCAGCAAACUCAACCAACACGCAGAACUGGAAACGGAGGAGGAAGAAAAGAAUCCCGAAGAACAAACAGAAAGGAAUGGUGAUGUGGCAAACCUAGAGAAUGAAUCCAAAGUUUAGUCCCCUAGCUGGGCAAGCCCUUCUCCUCUCCCCCCACACAACCUUUCUUCGUCUCUCAUUCUCUUUCUUUCUGUCUCUUUCACUUUGUUCUUUAUUUAUAUUUCAUUUUGGCAUUACCAGAAAACAAAUCUUCGAGGUGUAAAAUAUCUACCUGCCCUCUCUCAGUUAUUCAGAUCGACAAGGUAGACAAGGAUUUGGUUAAGGUGCAAUGUGCCCGCGCUGUGGCCCAAGCGUGGUCUCUUCCCAGAAUACCCUACAUCCAACUCCUGCAAAAUUAAGCCAGCCACCUGCGUGUGUUCUACAAGACCAGAGCACCCCAAAGAGUGUGUAAAAGAUAUUACCUGGGAUAAGACAAGGAAGGUUUGUGGUGCCUAAUUAUUCAUGCAGUGACACAUAGAGUAGAGCCCUCAAUUUUAUAGAUUCCAAUGAAGUCCAUCUACAGGGCGAGGUGCUUGCCACAUGGGGCAUUGCAGUAACAGGGCCCAGGUGAGCUCAAGACAAAACACUGUACAUAGAUCUGCCUUAUGUAAUUAUUUUCUUUUUGCUCUUAGUAAUAAAACCAAGCAUGUACAAAAGUACUGUAGGACAAAACUCUUAAAUAAUGUACAUAGAUGUAUAAUUCAUGUAGGUUUAGAUACAUAACUUUAGAAUUAAGA